AUGAACCAGGGUGGAUCUGCCGACAGCACUACAAGAGUGCUUGACCCGGCCGCGAUCCAGACCCAGGCUGCAAUUCAAGUCAGCAUACAGAAGAUCAUUGCUGGUAUAGAGCCAUUCUCUGGUGACCCUGCUGGGCCAACUACUGUGAUGUGGCUGAACAUGGUAGAUAAGAAUCUGGCGCUUUUCGCUACGACUGAUAUCUCCAAGGAGGUGAUUGUUGAAUACGUACAGAAGCGGCUGACUGGACAAGCUGAGGCGAUUAUGCAUGGCCACGAGUUCACCAGCCGCUCGGCUUUUGGACAUGCUCUGAGAACAGCCUUUCCUGAGUCAAUAUUUAUUGAUGAUGCUCGAGCCAAAAUGGACAAUAUGGCAACGUUCGAGAACCUGCUAGCCGGAAGUAUUCGGGCUGAAGGUCUCAAGCUAUUGCGCCAUGCAGGCGUCAACAAUACGCACACCACGAUGCUCGCCAGAACACUAGCUGAGAUGGAUGGAUAUGCAUGGGUCGAUGCGCGGCUAAAGCCAGAGGAAGCAACGGUUGACAACAUCGAUGACGCACCCAAGGCUUUUGGGCCUAAGAACCCCAAAGCAACGAUACUGGGAAAAGCUAGGACUUCCAACGGUGAGCACAAAAAGGCAAUGCCUGAGAGCGAUGAAGCGUCCGAUACAUCCAAGCGUAAGCAGCGUAAGCAGCGUCAGCGCAAAAAGGACCGUGAGCGGAUCAGGAUUCUUGAGGAGAAGAUUGCGAUUGAUCUGUCCAAUGUGCCUUGGGAUCUGCUGAACAAGUCCACAUUGGACGCACUUGAUGUGCAACUGAUGACACCUGCAGCACGCCGUCGCAUUGAGGCUCACCAACGUGAGCAAAAGCGUAAGAGGCAGGAGGCAGCGGAAGUCGUGUACGACGACUCUGAGAUUGACACUGGCAUUGACAGCGAGCAUACUCUGGUUGACAGCAAUGACGACACCAUUGCACAGUCGUUCAUCGAGUGGGUUAUGUCGUCAGUGCCAGCCUUGAAUGACAAGAUGAUCAUGUACAUCGACAACAUCUACUUGAAGACUACCGACGAUGACUACGACAAACAUCUGCUUGAUUAG